AUGGAUUCAGGAAGCGAAAUAGCAAGCAUAGUGAGCCUCUGCUUGGGGCUUUUCAACACUUGCCUUUCUGAAGGCCCUGACGAUGACGUUUUGGCGACGCUCGAGGACGAACAACGCCGUUUCCGGGCGUGGUCGCACAGCCUGAAGGUCUUCGCACGACCUCAUGUCAACCUGGAUGCGCAGCUGCGACCCGCCGCAAACAAGCAAAUCCGAGAGAUGGUGCUACUUCUUCUUGAUGUGCUGAGGGAAAAUCUGUUUCUUGCUUUGAAUUCGCUAUCUUCAAAAGAAACACCAGCAUCCAUGACAAGUGACCUAAAGGCCCCGUUCUUCGGCAUUGAUGGGGCAUUGAAACGCCUCGAGAGGCUUGCCGCCGCCAUCCUUGACGCUACAGAGGCCAGCCUACAUCGCAGAGUCCACGUGUAUGCGGAGAAGAACCGGGACGAGGGGUUCGAGAGACUUGUUUGGCAGGUUAUCUUGGUCCGUUUCCCCUGCGUGGUGCCAGCUUCCGACUUUCGGGAGACGCUGCUGUCCACCUCUGAAGUAACCGAGUCCUUGGAGGAAGCAGAAUCUCUGGAAGAUUUCCGGGCACUAUUACGGUCAAGCUCGUUCUCGGGCCUCUUCCGAGCGCUAUUUAAAUCAAUUGUGUUUCGACACUAUCGCAUGAUCUACGAGCGAGAGCGUAGAUUGAAAGACCUAAACCAGACCUUGCCGAUGAAUGAGCCUCCACGGAUGGCAGAGAGGGUUGCUAACCCAGAGCAUUAUCAGGAAAGCGGAGGAGCAAUUCAGCCGCCGGCUGUGGGAUUAACCCCCUCGCUCAGCGAGCUCACUCGAUCCGAGACAACAUUGCCCAACACCAUCGAUGGAUUGCGCUUCAAGGCCAAGAUGGAGAACGCAGAGGAACACGAUACAGCGAACACGUCAGGUGAUUUUGCAUACCAGGUAUCGGAGUCAGGUGAUGCUAUGUAUCCUAGGCCGCCGCGGCUUCCCAAGGACGCAACUGAGGGUAUCUGUCUCUUAUGCGGACAACGUUGCCCUGCUGAUACUUUUGAAGGCGAAAAGUGGAUGAUCCAUGUUGGCCAGGAUAUCAAGCCGUAUGUCUGCCUAUCCCAGGACUGCACUCAAAACCCCCAGUAUUUUGCCAGGAGUAGGGAUUGGAAGCAGCACAUGCACAAGAUACAUACGCCGCAAUGGAUUCGAUCCAUGCACAAUCCCCUCAUUUGGAAAUGCCCUGUGUGCUCCUCGACCUCGGCCACAGAAUUUGUAUCUGAGGAGAAGCUGCAGCAGAGCUUGGUCGAACACAUGAAGCAAAAGCACGCCGAGUUGGACGAAGACGACCAGUGGAACUUGGCAAGCGUCAGUGGCAUUCCAACGCCUCGACCUGUAGACGUAUGCCCAAUCUGUAAGGAUGACCACAAACCAAAAGCCCGCCAAAGACAUGCGCCCCAGGGUAACCGCAGCGCCUUGGAGGACGAAACACCUAUGUCUACUGUAACUCGGGAAUCACAGGAGUCUCAUAAGAAAAAAAGGGCGAGAUUUGCUGUGUCAGAUGGUUCGCAGAGUGGAAGCGACAGGGACGGCAUCGGCCGUCCUGCCAGGCGAACUCAAGUGAAACAUCAGCCAAGUGACCGCUUGCCGCAAGCCAGCGACCACGACAGAAUAGAGAGGUACAUCGGCCAGCACCUCAAAGCCCUCGCCUUCUUCUUCUCCAAUAGACUCGUUCGGGAUUGGGACCAGGAGUCGAAUGCGCCGCAGGGCUCACGAACAGACUCAGUCCUACUUGAUCUCGAAUUACCUUCAGAACAAGAAUCUGACGACAAUUCCCCUCGACUAUCCGUGGCGGUUGGUCGUACAAACACAGUGAAGGAGCUCGAAAGCUGCGAAGCGGACUGCAAAAUUGUACCAGACGCAAGUGAUAUUGUUACUGAAGUUCUGGCUGAUAUUUGGAACGAUAUUCAGAGAGACCGUCACGAGCGCUUGCGGAAGGAACCUGAUCCCAGUCAGGAUCUUCGCAGAGAAUACAAAAACGAAAGGUUAAUCCAGCCUGUUGGUGUCUGCCUCAGUCAGGCCCCUUAUAUCGACCCGAAACUCUUCAUCGGGCGAGAGUCCGAAAUUGCCCAAAUGCGAGAGAUUCUGCGACCCGGUGACUCGUCUUCGGAGCAGCGACGGCUUGUGCUGGCGGGUACGGGUGGGAUGGGUAAGACGCAGCUGGCUAUCGCUUUCGCGACGCGCCACCAGCAGGAAUACGACUCGAUAUUCUGGCUCAAUGCAGCGUCCGAGGCCACGCUCAAGGACAGUUUUCGGCUGGUGGCCGAGGCCAUCUUUGAUGUCCAGGACGCGCAAGUGCUGCAGGAUGAGCAGAGCGUGAUCCAGACACGGCGAUGGUUGUCCGACAAGAAGAACACGCGAUGGCUGCUCAUCUUUGACAACUACGAUGACCCGGACCAGUACCGAAUCGAACAAUAUUAUCCAUAUGUCUCCCACGGGGCGAUCAUCGUCACGACACGGCGACCGGAUCUUGUGGCGGGGUCGCAGAUACGCUUACAGCCUCUCCGGAGUGUUGAAGAAAGCCUCGAGAUCUUAGAAACUCGAUCCCGACGAAGGAAUAUUAGAUUUGAUUAUCAUGCGAGGCGACUUGUUGAGCGACUCAAUGGUCUGCCCCUGGCCUUGGCCACCGCCGGGGCAUAUCUUCGCCAAAGCACCUUCACUUGUGAGCGCUACCUCCAGGAGUACGAGCAUCGCUGGUAUCAUGACACACGGCGGUCCCUUCAACUCCACGAGUAUCAAGACCGUACGCUCUACACUACUUGGAAUCUCUCGUAUGCUCGUCUCGAAGUCGAGGAUGCGGAUGCGGCAAAGUUGUUAGGCCUGCUGGCAUACUUUAGCAAUCGGCGCGUUUGGUAUGAGCUAUUCCGAUCUGGAUUUUCCGAAGACUUACCAUUGUGGCUGCAUGGAAUCAUUUUGAGCGAGGUCGAGUUCGAGAGCUCGAUGAGAAGGCUGACAAACUACUGCUUCCUGGAAAUGCAAACGUCGGUGGCAUCGUGGAGUAUGCACACUUCCGUACACGAUUGGACGUUCUCGGCACUUAACAAGGUGGUAGACGAGAAGCAGUAUUGGUACGCUUUCGACUGUGUGGGUGCGUCGGUCGAACAGGAAGACUUUAAUUCGCUUGGAUAUUCUCAUCUGGCCGAUCUGACUGCACAUGCGCUACGGCUUGGAUACGUUAGCGGCUCUCGUGGUGAAAUUAUGGAGGGCCUCACUGGUGAUCGACUGGGAAAAGCAUGGUUAAUCGCUGAGCUAUUAACCCAACAGGUUCAGCUUUUAGCAGCGGAUCAGAUGUACAUGUUGGCACUGGCUGGGUAUGAGAAGGAGCUGGGACCGGAUCACACGUCGACACUGAGCACGGUGAACAAUCUCGGGAAUCUAUAUCGUGACAGAGGCAAGCUGGACGAGGCCGAGAAGAUGUACCAGCGGGCGCUGGCUGGGUAUGAGAAGGCGCUGGGAGCGGAUCAUCCAUCGACGCUUAACACGGUUACCGAUCUUGGCCUACUAUACGCUGAGCAAGGCAAGCUGGAUGAGGCGGAGACGAUGUACCAGCGCGCUCUAGCUGGGUUCGAGAAGGCGCUAGGAGGGGAUCACACGUCGACGCUUAAAACGGUCAACAAUCUCGGUCUUCUCUACACUGAUCAAGGUAGGCUGGAUGAGGCGGAGAAGAUGUAUCAGCGAGCGUUGGUUGGCCUGGAGAAAGCGUUAGGAGCCGAUCACCCAUUAACACUCCGCACAGUGAAUAACCUUAGUCAACUAUAUGCUAAUCAAGCCAAGCUAGAGAAGGCGGAGAAGAUGUACCUACGCACUCUGGCUGGGUUCGAGAAGACGCUGGGAGGGGAUCACACAUCGACCCUCGACACGGUCAACAAUCUCGGUGCGCUUUAUUAUGACCAAGGCAAGCUGGACGAGGCGGAACAGAUGUAUCGGCGGGCGCUGGCUGGGUUUGAGAAGGCACUGGGACCGGAUCACACGUCGACACUCCUCGCGGUCAACAAUCUCGGGAAUCUAUAUCGUAGCCGAGCACUGGCUGGGUAUGAGAAGGCACUGGGACCGGAUCACCCGUCGACACUCAACGCGGUCAACAAUCUCGGUCUGCUAUACGCUGACCAAGGCAAGCUGGACGAGGCAGAGAAGAUGUAUCGACGAGCUCUUCAAGGCUUUCAAAAUGCACUAGGAGCAAACCACACGUCGACCGUGACAGUUAUGACUAACUUGCAAGCGCUGCAACCUCAGUUCGGCAGUGAUACAAGACCGAAGAGUACUCAGAGUGUAGCGCCAUCAAGCAGGAAUGUCCCCAAGAAGUGGUGGAAGUUCGGAAAACGAAGCUAA